AUGUCAAAAGAUAUACUGACUCCACUUCAACUAUUGGGUCGAAAAGAAGAUACUCAACUAGUUCUUGAAAUAAACGCAGCAGAACAAAUAAGACAAAUUCUUCCAAGACGUUUAAGACUUGCACCAUCAUGGAAUUUAUUAUAUAGUCUUGAUCAAGAUGGUACAAGUAUGUCAACUAUGUAUCAUAAAGUAAAAGAUAAAGGUCCUUUAAUAUUAGCAAUAAAGGAUAUGAAUGAUCAGAUCAAGAAAACUAUUUCAAUAUAUUUGGAAGAAAAUGGUUCAUCGUCUCCUAAAGUUAAGUUUUAUUUGUGGACUGGAAGAAAUGAAUAUAUGAUUUUAAGUGAACAUAAUUAUUUGUCAGUUGGUGGAGGGGAUGGGAGAUCUGCUUUAUGGAUUGAUUCAGAUUUUGAACGAGGACACUCUUCAUGUUGUGACACUUUUGAUAAUGAAAUAUUAUCUUCAGAUGCUGAAUUUGAUUGUAUAGGAUUUGAAGUUUGGGGUUUCAAAAACUAA